AUGAUCGGCGUGCUGCUGGUCUUCGUCCCCGCGCUGCUGCUGGAGGCGGAGGUGCUGCCCCGGGGCGCGGGGCGCAGGGCGCUGCUCUCCGCCGCCUCCUCGCAGCGCUCGGUGGCCCGCAUGGACGGCGAUGUCAUCAUCGGAGCCCUCUUCUCCGUCCACCACCAGCCCCCGGCCGAGAAAGUGCCCGAGAGGAAGUGCGGGGAAAUCCGCGAGCAGUACGGCAUCCAGCGGGUGGAAGCCAUGUUCCACACUUUGGAUAAGAUCAACGCCGACCCGGUCCUGCUGCCCAACAUCACCCUGGGCAGCGAGAUCCGGGACUCGUGCUGGCACUCCUCGGUGGCCCUGGAGCAGAGCAUCGAGUUCAUACGGGACUCCCUCAUCUCCAUCAGGGACGACAGGGACGGCGGCAGCCGCUGCCUAUCGGACUCGCAGCCCCAGCCCCAGAGCAGGCUGAAAAAGCCCAUCGCGGGGGUCAUCGGCCCGGGCUCCAGCUCGGUGGCCAUCCAGGUGCAGAACCUGCUGCAGCUCUUCGACAUCCCGCAGAUCGCCUACUCGGCCACCAGCAUCGACCUGAGCGACAAAACGCUCUACAAGUACUUCCUGCGGGUGGUCCCCUCCGACACGCUGCAAGCCCGGGCCAUGCUCGACAUCGUCAAGCGCUACAACUGGACCUACGUCUCCGCCGUCCACACGGAAGGCAAUUAUGGGGAAAGUGGAAUGGAGGCCUUCAAAGAGCUGGCUGCCCAGGAGGGUCUCUGCAUUGCUCAUUCUGACAAAAUCUACAGCAAUGCUGGGGAAAAGAGCUUUGAUCGCCUGCUCCGCAAGCUACGAGAAAGGUUACCCAAGGCUAGAGUGGUGGUUUGCUUCUGUGAGGGAAUGACGGUGCGGGGGAUCCUCAUUGCCAUGAGACGCCUGGGAGUGCUUGGGGAAUUUCUGCUAAUUGGAAGUGAUGGUUGGGCAGACAGAGAUGAAGUCAUUGAAGGUUAUGAACCUGAAGCAAAUGGAGGCAUCACUAUCAAACUGCAAUCUCCAGAGGUCUUGUCUUUUGAUGACUACUAUCUGAAGCUGCGUCUGGACACCAACAACCGCAACCCCUGGUUUCCUGAGUUCUGGCAGCACAGAUUUCAGUGUCGCAUCCCAGGGCACCCACUAGAGAAUCUCAACUUCCAGAAGAACUGCACUGGCAAUGAGAGCCUAGAAGAAAACUAUGUUCAGGACAGUAAAAUGGGAUUUGUCAUCAAUGCUAUAUAUGCCAUGGCUCAUGGACUCCAAAAUAUGCAUCAUUCCCUUUGUCCUGGACACGUUGGGCUGUGUGAUGCUAUGAAGCCAAUCGACGGCAGCAAGCUGUUGGAGUUUCUCCUGAAGUCCACAUUCAUUGGUGUUUCUGGAGAAGAAGUUUGGUUUGAUGAAAAGGGAGAUGCCCCUGGAAGGUACGACAUCAUGAACCUGCAGUACAUAGAGCCCAACCGCUAUGACUAUGUCCUCAUCGGAACUUGGCACGAAGGUGUGCUCAACAUUGACGAUUACAGGAUUCAGAUGAACAAGAGUGGGAUGGUCCGAUCAGUGUGCAGCGAGCCUUGCUUGAAGGGGCAAAUUAAGGUGAUCAGGAAAGGAGAAGUGAGCUGCUGCUGGAUUUGCACUGCUUGCAAGGAGAAUGAAUUUGUUCAGGAUGAAUUCACUUGUAAAGCCUGUGAGCUUGGCUGGUGGCCGAAUGCUGAACUGACAGGCUGUGAACCCAUCCCUGUAAAGUACCUCCAGUGGAGCAAUAUAGAGUCUAUUGUGGCUGUGGUCUUUUCCUGCCUGGGGAUCCUGGUCACCAUGUUUGUCACCCUUAUCUUUGUGCUCUACAGGGACACCCCUGUUGUCAAAUCCUCCAGCCGGGAGCUCUGCUACAUAAUCCUUGCUGGCAUCUUUCUGGGUUACGUCUGCCCUUUCACCCUUAUAGCUAAACCCACCACGACAUCCUGCUACCUCCAGCGCCUUCUGGUGGGUCUCUCCUCUGCCAUGUGUUAUUCUGCCCUUGUGACCAAAACCAACCGCAUUGCACGCAUCCUGGCAGGCAGCAAAAAGAAGAUCUGUACCCGCAAGCCACGUUUCAUGAGUGCGUGGGCCCAAGUGGUCAUUGCCUCCAUUUUGAUCAGUGUGCAGCUGACACUGGUGGUCACGCUGAUCAUCCUGGAGCCCCCGAUGCCCAUCCUCUCCUACCCCAGUAUUAAGGAAGUUUACCUUAUCUGCAACACCAGCAACCUAGGAGUUGUGGCUCCUGUGGGCUACAAUGGACUCCUCAUCAUGAGCUGCACAUACUAUGCCUUCAAGACUCGCAAUGUGCCUGCCAAUUUCAAUGAGGCCAAGUACAUUGCAUUCACCAUGUACACCACUUGUAUCAUCUGGCUGGCCUUUGUGCCUAUCUAUUUUGGGAGCAACUACAAGAUCAUCACCACUUGUUUCGCAGUGAGCCUGAGUGUGACAGUGGCCCUGGGGUGCAUGUUCACUCCUAAGAUGUACAUCAUCAUAGCCAAGCCCGAGAGGAAUGUCCGCAGUGCCUUCACCACCUCAGAUGUGGUGCGUAUGCAUGUCGGGGAUGGCAAGGCACCUUGCAAGUCCAACACUUUCCUCAACAUAUUCCGGAGAAAGAAACCAGGGGCUGGAAAUCCAAAUUCUAAUGGAAAGUCUGUGUCAUGGUCUGAACCAGGUGGAAGACAAGCUCCCAAGGGCGAGCACAUGUGGCACAGACUCUCAGUGCAUGUGAAGAGCCAGGAGACAGGGUGCAAUCAGACAGCCGUGAUCAAACCCCUCACUAAAAGCUACCACGGCCAAACCAAGAGCUUGACUUUUACUGACAUCAGCAGCAAGACUCUAUACAAUGUGGUGGAGGAAGAAGAGAGAGAGCCCGUCCGCCUCAACCAGCCAGGCAGCCCCUCCAUGGUGGUGCACAGGCGGGUGGUGACGACCCCCCCGCUGCAGGCCUCGGCGGAGGAGACCCACCUCUUCUUGCCUGACCAGUCCCCCAAGACCCUGCCCCUGCAGCCUCGAUCUCUCAUGGAGCAGCUGCAAGGGGUGGUCAACAAGUUGGCCACCGGCAUCCCCGACUUCAAUGCCGUGCUCCCCACGCCUGGCUCGGGGAACGGUGUGCGGCCUCCUCAGCCGCCGCCCCUGCCACCUCUCCAGGCAUCUGCCUUCAGCGGGGAGCCCCUGUCUCCCCCGUCUGAGGAAGCGGAGAGCGAGAAGCUGAAGCUCAUUCAGGGAUAUGUCUAUGAGAAGAACCCGGAGGAUGAUGAGGAGGAGGAGCCGGCCACCAGCAAGCUCACCCUGGAAGACUCACCGGCGCUGACACCCCCGUCCCCUUUCCGGGAUUCGGUGGCUUCGGGCAGCUCCGUGCCCAGCUCCCCCGUGUCGGAGUCGGUGCUCUGCACCCCCCCAGACAUGACCUAUGCCUCUGUCAUCCUGAGGGAUUAUAAGCAAAGCUCGUCCACCCUGUAG